AUGAACAAGAUGUAUGCUUUACGGCAGUUGGGGAGUGCCGAAGCCUGCAGUCUGUUCCCAAUCUUUACCGCUGGUGUCGAAACUGAAGAUAAGCUUCAUCGGGCCGAGAUCCUUUCCCGCCUUAAGGGCGCUGAAGGACUCGGAAUGUGUCAGGUCAACCGUGCUAGGAAGAUCAUGGAGGAGUCGUGGAAAACGGGCGCAAACUGGGAAACACUUGUAAAGGGCGACUUCUUUGGCUAA